AUGUCGACCCACCAAAACAAUAAUCAAGAAGUAAAAUCUAGCAUCUAUAGAAACCGAGAUGGUAAUUAUUCAAACAAUCAAGAAGAUGCUGAUGAUUAUAUGAUAUUUGAAAUUUAUAUUCAACAAAGUAAAGUAAAUACUGUAAUUGAAGAAAAUAAAAAACUAAAAAAACAUAUUAAAAAAAUAGAAAAUUCUGAAGAAUCGGAACAAGAAAAUUCAAAUAAAAAUUCUGAAGAAAAUUUACAAUCUCCAGAAUUACCAAAUAAUUCAAAUAAUUUAUCUAACUCUCAAAGUCAAAUAAACUCUGACAUGGAAAUAAAGAACAUCUACAAGACCCUCUUUUAUUGGGCUUUAGAUUUUAUAGUAGUUUCUACUUUUGUUGCUUGGUGGUUUUAUAAGGAAAGAAAUUUUUACAUAACUCUUAUUGAAAGAGAAAAUGUACAUAUUGUAAGAGAAGGUGAAAUAAUUGAUACAUUUGUAGAAAGUUUAAAAAAGUUAAAACGUAAUAAAAUAGAUAUAUAG